AUGGGUAGUCCUGCGAUGAUAAGGGAUUUGUUCCUUUUAGGUGUUUAUGUGCAGUAUUUUGUGUCUGUUCCUCCGACAUACUUCAGGAUUGUCUUACGUAGGGUUAAGCACUCUCCACAGCUGUUUCUUAGGGGUUCCUAUGUUGUUCUGAAAGAGGUUGAGGCAGAUAGAAAAGAUAUGAUGGAUGUUGAUGUAGUGCAGGUUACUGGAUGGGAUAGAUUUGCAAGGAACAUCCUCUUAAACCAAAUUGGAACAUAA